GACCGUGAAAAUCACGAGACAUCGCGUGAUUUCUACUGACUUCCGUUUCUUAUUGCGCCACAGUCGUUCAUACGGGUGUACGUGUUGGACAACGUCUACGUUUGCAUUCUGGUGCACAUACUUUUUUACGUUGCUCUGUGGUACGCCACUACGGUGAUAAGAAAAAUGGAGAAGGCGAAUAAGGAGAUGCUAAAAAUUAUGGAGGAGAACAGAACGAGACUGGAAGACGUAGUGGCGUUGAAAGAUAAGAAAACGGAAUACGACGAGGCGGUGGUUAAAGUGAAAGAAACGCAGAGAUUAACAUCGCAGGAACUGGAAGACGAGAUGCAACGUCUAAGCACGGAGCUGAUCAACGCAGAGGACAAGCUACUGGAACUAGAGAAAGUGGUGAAGAAAUUGAUUUCCAGUACAUAUCCAGUGGAGAAUCGUGCAAGAGUUCUGCGGGCGACGUCGCUGACCGAGAAAACGAACGCGCGGGACCGUGUUUUGGCGAAGGACGAACGGUCUCGCUCGAGAAUCUCAAGAUACUCGAACCGUCAUUUCCACCGCCGCAGCCACCGGAACCUCCACCUAGGAAGUAUGGGAUCUUUGUCUCUCGACCUCCUGGCCAACGUCGUCCACCUCCCGCGGCUUCAGCUGCGACUGCACCCCCAAAAAUCGGACACAAGUAACUACGGAUCCGUGGAAGCUUCCGAGGAAUCCGGGAUUUAUCACCAGCCUGAUAAAUUCAUGUGGAGUGCUGGAGAUCGUCGACGAGACGAUAGACGAAGAAAGCGAUCAGGAAAAUUCGCUAGUAGUGGCAUUUCGACGCGUUUUAGUGCGAAAAAAUUGCACGACGAGUCUCUGAAGAACGUGACACCUUUUACCAGAUCGUUGUUGGGUCUCGUUACAAUUUUCACGCAGGAAAAAUUUUAAAUAUACUGCAUACAAAUAGACUAUGUAAUAUAUUUCUUAAAUAUAUCGGUUACAAGUGUUUGCAAUAAAUCGAAUAAUAUAUAGGAAAUAUUA